UUUAUCAUGCCUGCUAAUCGCGACGCAAUGAGACGAUGACAGGGCAACCAGCGCGAGCCCGACAUGGAAAGACGACCAGUAGUGGACUACGAAACUAAAGCAAGACGUGCGCGAACUUCACCGUGCGGGAUUCUCCCGAAACACGUUCGAUUAGGCAGCAUCUGCGGUCUGAUCAGCGUCUGCAUCCAAGUGACAGUCAGCGGCAAUGGCCGCACGUUCGUCAUCGACCACGUGAACAAGCGAUUCCUCAAGGAUGGGCAGCCUUUCCGGUACGUUGCCGGCGAGAUGCACUACUUCCGGGUCCCGCGGGCUUACUGGAAGGACCGGCUGCACAGAAUCAAGAUGGCGGGCCUCAACGCCGUCUCGUUUUACAUCGAAUGGAGCGGCCAUGAACCGGAACCGGGUCAGUACAACUUCGAGGACAUAUACGACCUGGAUGCAUUCCUGAAGCAAGUGAAAGAGCAAGAGCUUCUGGCGAUAGCGCGACCAGGCCCUUACAUCUUGGGAGAUCGGGACAACGGCGGCCUGCCGUACUGGCUUCACAGGGAACAACGCAACAUGACUUACCGGGUCCUGGACAGCGAAUUCCGGCACCACUUGGACAGGUGGAUUAACAAGCUCUGCACCGUCUUGAGCCCGCACACGUACAACAAAGACGGAUCUGUCAUCGCCGUCCAAGUUGAGCACCUGUACGGCGUGAACGGUGCGUGCGAUCACCUGUACAUGGAGCACCUGCUCACCAUGCUGCAGGUGCGGCUCGGCAGGGAAAUGGUAUUUUUCCGAGGCAACCCCGCAAACAAGUCCUACUACGACUGCGACAAGGUGCGUGACAUCCUCGUCACCGCGUACAUGACGCCGACGGAGAUUCCAGCCAGUGUGGCCGCCAUUGUAGCUUCUGCACAGGUCGAUCCGGGACCGCUCGUGAUCAGCGAGUACUACACGGGCACCGUCGACUGUUGGGGCUGGCCACACAAGGCCAUACCGCCACAGACGGUGCUGCAGACCUUCAAGACCCUGAUGCAGAUGAACGCCUCCGUGUCGCUGUACAUGUUCCACGGCGGCACGAAUUUCGGCUUCACGGCCGGUAGCCGUGAGAAGCGCCCCGUGGUCACCAGCUACGACUACGAAGCUCCGCUCAGCGAAGCUGGCGACCCGAAUGCUCUUUACUACGACAUCCGACGCACCAUCAGCACCUAUUCGCAAGUGCCAAAGGAGGAUCCGCCGGGUCCUUCGCAAAAGAUGCAAAUUGGCCCCGUAGCCCUGGAGAAGUACGUAUCACUCGACGAGGUGAUGGCUCACUUUCGCGGGAAGAACUGGCUGAAGAGGAAGGAGUCCGCGGAACCACCGAGCUUCGAUAAUUUGGGACAGGCGUACGGCUUCGUGUUAUACACGACGACUGUGCCUUUCGCGACAGCGGCCAAGGCUUGGCUGCAGCUCGAAGGAUUCUCGGACCGGGCGUACGUGUACGGAAAGGCAGGAGAGGUGCUGGUCUUCUACAGCUUCACGGUGAGCGGACAGAUUGUUAAGAUCGCCAACUACGUGCCGGCGGGACUAAACCAGACCCUUUCCAUCCUCGUCGAGAACAUGGGCAGAGAGGCGCAGACCAAAACCUCCAUUCACCCAAAGGGGUUCACAUCGGCGAAGCUCAACUACGUGCUACUGAAGAAUUGGACCGCUGAGGCAGUUCCUUUGACGACAGCUGAAGACAUCAACAGAGUUCAACAGUUAGUUCAAAAGAAAGACAAAGGCGGAGUUCCUGGGUUCUUCCACGGAGUAUUCAAGCUGCCUGAAGGUCAGCAGCCGUUGGACACAUUCUUGGACCCUACAAACUGGACCAAGGGCGUGGCCUUCGUCAACGGCAUCAACCUGGGACGAUACUGGCCCGUGACAGGUCCGCAAAUCACGCUCUACGUUCCGGGGCCGUUCCUUAAACCACACCCUGAGGAGAACAGCGUGAUGCUCUUCGAGACACAAGGAGCUCCCCCACGUGAUCAAACUGUGCGCUUCGUCGACAAGCCACGUGUUAACGUGUCUAUACUGUAUCCGAAGCCCUGA